GGUUUUUUUGCAGAUGUCUGGGGGCGAAGAAAUGCGUAUUUUUGUCGGCGGUUUAUCCUGGGAUACCACGGAGCGGCAGCUCGAAGAUGCAUUCAGUCCCUUUGGGAAAGUUGUAGAAACUCAGAUGGAUUGUGUGAGAAAUAUUUGAUCAGUUGGAUUGCAUCGAGUUGAGAAGCUCGAUCAUUUGUGUGAUGCAAAUUAUGCGGAUAUUUCUUUUUUGAGAUUCACAAGACGGGAAGUAUCAGCUUCAACAGAUGAUAGCUAGUUUAUGUUUAGCAUUGAGUUCAUUGGAUGCAACAACGGUUAGAUGCUUGUUUCUGACAUGGUUGAAGUAUUGUCGGAAGAAUUCUUAUUUAUGAAAUGAGCUUUGGUUUGCAAUGUAUAGGAGGAAUUCAAUCAUAUGAACUUGAAUCUAAUUCAAUGCUUUCGGACAAGUUGAUCAACUUUCCAUAAUGAUGUAGCAAAUGUUGAGAAGAUGCAAGCUAUUUUAAACACUGUCUUAGCACGUGAUAGGCCGCCGUCUGGACCCAACAAUGAGGGAAUUGCAAAGUAUAAAUUGAAGAAACCAUUUAAACAUAUCUGUUGUGGCAAUGUCAUUUAGCUGUAUUUUGUUCACUUUUCAGACUUGUGAGGAAAGUCCUUUUUCUCAAGUAGAAUGCCAAUUACAUGUUAGUUUCGACAUCCCACUGAAACGCAGCAAUGAGAUGGUUUUGUUGAGAUGAACAAAAUCUGCAGCUGGAUGAUAUGCCAUUUUUUGUGGACACUGUGUAUAAUGUUCCAUUUCCACAGUUCAGGGCGGCUGUAUUAGUGGUUGAGAAUUGAAUUUGAUUCUCUAUCAUUUAUGGAGUCUUCUCAAAGAAAUUUAAUUAAUUAUGACAUGUUGAUUUGAACUGUAGAGAGCAUAUGCCUGAUGCCUGAUGCCUGAUGGCCUGAUGCCUGAUGCUUGAUAAACCUGUUAACUGAGCUUACCUGGAAAGUUCCAUUUUGAAAACUUUGUUUUCUUUGAGAAAUGUCACCUUUGUUGGCCCAAUACCCAAAGUUGUUGGGAUGUUCAGAUACUGAAUACAAAAGGAUGCAAGUCUGUCUGAAGCAGUGGCUUUUUGUCUUUUUUCUUUUAAUGAUUAUCGAUGGCAACUGUUUCUUUCUGCAAUUUCUUUCUGCCAUUGACGGCUUACUUCGUGGCAACAGCUACAGUUCCUGCUUUUCUGUCCCCUUACAAGCAAUCUGGUUUGUUAUGUACUUUGUACUAGAUUGAACUUUUGUAGGGGGGUUCUGGAACUACGAAGCUAAUAUUGCUCAAUGUCUGCACUGAGUCUGAUCGGGAAUGAUUGGUUAUUGCUGCCAGAAGUAGCAUGGUUACAAUGAUAUCAGUCCAGCCUCUGUUUUACUUGGCAAUAAAUUGUACUAUGAUAAUUCCAGAUCACUUUACCAAGCGUCCUUCCUUAUUGCUGGUGGAGCAUAUCUUAUGUUGCUUCAUGCUGUUUGCUAGUAUGCUGAUUGAACAAUUUCAGCAAUGAACCUGAGUUUUGUUCCUAGUUUUUGUUGUCGACAGAUGGGAGAGUUUGACAGAUAACCUUUUAUGAAUCAAUUUAGGUAAGAAGAGGUUUAAUUUAAGAUGAUAUAAUUAAGUAGGGCUGUUGUUUGAAGAGGAAGAGAACCAGAAACAGAUUCUUUGGCUCCAGUAAAUCUGUAAGAUGGUGUAUAUGUUGGAAUAGUGAUUAAAAUAUUGUGGUGGCAAAGGUUCAUCAUGGGACUUUUGUGAAUGGAUUCUUUUGUCACUCCCAAUAUUGAAAGAAUCCUGCAAAUUUUCUGUCUUUAAGGCUUGGGUGAUCCACAUGAUGGCACCAUUGGUUGAAACAGUCGCCAUAAAGUCAGUGUUGAGGCUUAGUAUGGUGGUUUUUUCUGCAUUGAUAUCAUGGAUUUGAGAGAUUAGAAAUCCAAUUUCAGGAGUGCUUGCCAGUCAGGUUUAUUAGUUGGAGGGAAGUAAUUUGGUUAUACACGUGCAAUAAUGUCUAAUUGAUCUCUUGUUCUGCGGCUGAUUCUUCAAAAUUCUAUCAUUCUGGUCCGUAUGAUCAUGUUGCGUGGGACAAUUGGAUCUCAUGGGAACAGUUGUCCAUGUCUUACUGCAUUACAGCCGUAGUGGGAGAGGAAAGGGUUGCAACAGAGUCGCAUUGAUGAAAGUAGUUCUGAUUUUGGUUUGUAGAUCAGAUUAACUGGCAAUUUGAAUAUUGUUGGAGAGAUGAAAUACAUUUGAGUGUUCGGUGCUGUGUGACCCUUUUGUUUUUAUUACAUUGGAGUUCAUAUACAUGAAUUCAUUGGAGAGUUGAGAUCAAAGUUUUAUGUAUCAUGGUGGAAGACAGACCUUUUCAGUUUUGCAGAUCCAGCUAUUUUGAAUCAUGUUGGAAAGAGAUACAGGGCGUCCUCGUGGAUUUGGAUUUGUGACCUUUUCAGAUCAUCGGGCGAUGGAAGAUGCAAUCAGAGAGAUGCAUGGAAGUGAGCUUGGAGGUCGUGCCAUUUCAGUGAACAAGGCCCAGCCCAAGAUGGCCAGUGAUGAUACUGGGUAUGGCUAUGGUGGAGGCUACUCAUCUGGCAGCAGGAGCAGUUACGGGGGUGGAGAUAGAGGUGGAGAUAGGGGUGGAGGACGAUCUGACUGCUUCAAGUGUGGGCGCCCAGGGCAUUGGGCACGGGAUUGUCCUGCAGCUGCUGCUGGUGGUGGUGGCGGCGGCCGAUUCUCUUCACGUUCUAAGUUUGGUGGUGGCCGUGGGGAUCGCUUUGGAGGAGAUCGUUUUGGUGAUCGCUACAUGGAUGAUCGCUAUGAUGGUGGACGCUAUGGAGACAGGGGACGCUUUGACAGCAAAGACAGAUACGGGGGACGUGAUCGCUAUGCCAGUGACAGGUACCCUUCUGGUGGGGAUCGCUUUGCUGGUGAUCAGUAUGGGGGUUCAGACCGAUUCCCACAUAAUGGAUAUGGGAAAGACAGGAGUUUUGAUAGGGAUGGUGGCCCAAGGGGAGGUAGUGACAGGUAUGGAAGCGGAGGCCCGGCAAGGUUUUCUGGAGGAGGCUACCGGGAAAGGUCAGGUCCAUAUGACCGGCCUGCCCGUGGAGGGCGGCCAUCUUCCUAUGAACGCUACUGAGGUGGUGUUGCAUUUGUUGGAGACUAUUUAAAUGCCUGUAUCUAUGUUGGUGACUCUUUCAUUUCAGAUGGGAUGCAACCCCCUGCACCCCCUUCCCUUUUUUUUUUUCUGCCCUUUUCUUUGCCAUCUUUUUAGUUCCUCAGGUUUUAAUAUUAGAAUCUAGUUACUUGAACAGGAUUCAUGAAGUUUAAUGCAUAUUUGAGGAGUGCAUGUUGUUUCUCAUCUAAA